AUGAUGUCCGCUCAAGGCGCGUGGGCGCUUGCAUGGGCUCUUCUGCUCACGUCCUGCGCGGCCACCUCGAACAAGUACGACAUCGCCAUCGCGGAUCGUUGUCCAGACGUAGACACCACUGAGCCGUCAAGGGAAGCCUUGGACAGCGCUGCUGGGGGGGAGAAUUGGUUCUUGACUGAAAUCUUGUACAAGGCAGAAAACAGUGAUGACAUCCCGACGAAAACAAUCGAGUACAUGCAGGGCGAUGGUGCCACAGAUGUCGCGCCGAAAGCGAUCGGCCUGGUAUUGUUCGUUCUCUUGUUUUUGACUUGGUGGUGCUGCUGCUACACCUGCUGCCCGUGCUGCAAGUGCUGCCGGGUGUGCAGGGCAAAAGAGCAGAAGAAGUCGACGGGUCUCGUUUGCAAGCUGAUCGGCACAAUCGUGGUUUUUGGCAUCGGAGCUGGCCUGGUCCUGUGUUGGAUCUUUUCUGCCGCCACGUAUGAAGACAUCAGUAACGGCAGCCAGCGCCUUGGAUGCACCGCUGCGAAGAUGACGAAGGCCCUUGUCGAAGGUCAAAGUUCGCCUGCUUUCAUCGGUAUGACCCCGAUGACAAACAGGUUCACCAGUCUGAGCGACGUCCUCGACGAUGACAGCGAUUUCGUGACCGAUUUCAAUCAACUCAUCGAUGAUACGGUGGAAAUCGACAAGGCCUUCUCGUAUGUGACGCAGACGUUGGAGCUGCUGAAAGACAUGAUGGACGAGAGCGCCAAUCGCGUUCCAAACGGGCAUAAGUGUCUAAUUUGCGAUUCUCUCAGUGACGAGCUCACCGGUGUGCUUGACACCAUGGCAGACUCCUUGGCCUCCGCGCUCACCAACGCGCGCGCGGAAGCAAAGGCCGCGCUGGACACCGACAAGCGCCAGGAUGUGCGGACGCUUCUCGACGAAUCCGUUGCGCCGCUCUCCGACCUGAACACGCUGCUUGUGGACGCCCUGGACCCGCUUGUUGACGGGGAUAGUUGGGACCUGGUAGAGUCGAGCGUGUUCGAAGGCAGGCUGAGCAUGUACGUCCUCCCUGCGUAUGGGAUGCUCGCCGUGGUCUUCGGCUGUCUGGGGUGCCUCGCAUUCUCGCUGCGGGAGAGCGGCGCGGACGGGCAGACGCAGGCGCUGCCGCACAGGUGCGCCUGCUGCAGCUGGUGCUGCGGCUUCCUCGUGGCGCUGCUGUGCUUCUUCACCGGCGGGCUCCUGCAGGCCGUCGGCGUGCCCCUGGGCGUCACGUGCCUGACCCUCGACGGCUUCAGCGGGGAGGUCAUCGACGGCGCCCAGGACGCGCUGGACCUCGAUCUCACGGGGGACUCCCUCACCAUGAUGAAGAACAUCGUGGACAAGUGCCUCAACCCGCAGGACGUCACGGUGCCGGCAAACUUCGCGGAUGUCCUCCUGAUCACGUCCGGAGGCUCCACCCAGACGAUGAGGCAAUUGAUCGAAGCCGAUCUGAAGGAAGCGAUCGACGCGCCAUUCGAUGAGCUCCAAACCAAGUUGGCGAGCGAAGAGACGACGCUGGCCAACGACACAGGAGUGACGACCUUGCGGCAGCUUCUGAGCGAGUACGGGGCAGCCAUUGCAGAACUCAUCGUGACGGAUAGUACCUCGAUGGAUACCCUCAUUGCUGCGGACGGGAUAACUGGGCAGGAUAUUACGAUGAUCACCUCGCUGGCCUGCGCGAACUCCCCCUUCGUUGAUCUGCCUACCGUGGGCAUGGACGCGUACUUCACGGGCCCGUCGGCCAUUACACAGUCGGACUACAGCCUGGCUCUGACCGCGCCCUGCAAUUCAACCGCUUUGCCGCCUUGCUCCUCUGAGGCCAACUGCCAGGCGACAUCUUUCAUCAUUGAGACGAAGGAGGGCCUCAGAAGCGACGCUGUGUUCAGGUGCGACGUCUUCCAGGACGCCUCCGGCACCGUGUGCGACGUCUGGGCCGCCGGCACAGGUGGGAUAGCCACCGAUUAUGAAACGUGCAUGGGCUCCGACAGCACGUACUCGAGGCUCCAAACACCCUGCACUUUAGCCGAGUUCGGGGCGUACCUCGCGGAAUUCAACGAGAGAAUAAACGUUGCCUUCACAACCCUGGAUGACACUACGGGCAGCAUGACAACCGAGAUCGACGUGGGGCUGCGUGAUCUGCUCGACGAGAACGUGGUCGACGAGGUCACAGAGAUUCUGGAUGGUAUGGGGUGCAACUUCUUGGCGGAGUACUACCAGAGCGUGGUUUGGGGCGCGUGCUACGAGGGAGUGGGUGCCUUGGCUUAUCUCGGCUUCCUGUACGUGAUUGUGGGUGCUCUGAUGUGCGUGCUGAUCAUCGUCACGUACGCCAUGUGGCGACGCUCGCUCGACAACUACAAUUGGGACAUUGAGCACCCAGGCGAGGCCGGUUAUCCUGGGACAUCUGACUAUGGAGGUUACGACGAGACCAAUUGA